CCUAUACCACAAAGGGAAAGUGAAAACAUGAGAUUCUACUGGAAAAGCGCCAUUGUCGGAUCAAUUGAUAAGCCGGGCUUGAGCUGACAAUAGAUGAACCACUUGUCUGAAGUGUACUUCUUUCCCUUCUUUCCUACACAGCUGCAUGAUACAAACGGCUUAAAUCCAAGGGAGAAAAGGCGAACAAUCGCGAAUCAGACAAAAGCACGGAAUACACUUCGAGCCAUCACCACGCCCACCUAGAACUUCCUACUCCAUAAGCCCAACCACCAGGCCGAACAAAACAACAAUGCCAUUCACCCACCCACCACCAUACCACGGCAGCUGCCCCUGCCGCACCAUCCGCUACCGCCUCAACGCCACACCCCUAGUCUGCCAUCUCUGCCACUGCACCAGCUGCCAGCAAGAAUCCGGCACCGCAUACUGCAUCAACAUCCUCAUCGAAACCCGCAACGUCGAGCUCAUCGACAACUCGCCCCCGCUGCUCAGCAACGACAUCCCCACCGACUCGGGCGAUCCGCAGACCCUGUUCCGCUGCCCGAAAUGCUACUUUGUCCUCUGGAGCUACUAUGCCUGGCCCGUGAUGAGCAUGGUCCGCGCCGGGACGCUGGACACGGCGGAUCUGCGGCGGUUGACGCCCGAUGUGGAGAUCUAUACGAAGAGUCGUCUGGCGUUUGUGCGGGUGGAGUGGGAGGGCAAGAGGGAGUUUGUGGAGAGUUAUGAGCGCGAGCUGGUUUGGUGCGAGGAGAGUAAUAGGCGACGGGACGUGUAUCUGCCGGAGUUGCUGGCGUACAAGGAGAAGUUGGAGAGGGAGAAGCAAGAAGGGGGAGUGGUGGUGGAAUGAGAGAUUGUUGUAGAGUGUCGUUGGAGGCUAUGUGUAGUGGAGUUUAGUCGGAGGUCAGUGUAGUAUGUUACAUGAAUGAGAUAAUGAGAAAAAGAAGCUUGAUAGCGAAAUAUAGCUUGAGACCAAUUCUUUAUACCUACUCGUCGCCAUUCUACACAAUUCAGACCUUCGGACAAGGCGAAAUAUAAAAGACAGUUGAUAUCUACAGUAGAUGUUGAUCAGUAACUUGACCACACGCAAUCCAAAAACGCAUACCUCCAGA